AUGGCUUCUAGGGAUUUGGUCCUGGGUAUUUUUUCCUUCUCUCAGACCAGCAUUGGUCUCCUGGGGAACAUCACUCUGCUUACGGUAUAUGUCCAUGUCUUCAUUUCUCACUCUCUAUCAAAGAAAUCAACGGACCUUAUCCUGAUCCACCUCACAGUAGCCAACACAGUCACACUUCUUACCCAGGUUGUCCCAGCGAUGAUUGUGACCUUUGACACGGAGAAUAGCCUGGGUAAUGUUGGGUACCAGAUCAUUAUCUUCACCAGGAGAAUGUCCCGGGGUCUUUCCAUCUGCACCACCAGUCUCCUGAGCGUGUUCCAGGCCAUCACCAUCAGUCCCAGCACUUCCUGCUGGGCCAAGUUCAAGCCCAGAGCACCAAGGUACAUCCUUCCUUCCUUCCUCUUCUUCUGGAUCCUCCACAUCUUUAUAUAUGUUAAAAUCCUGUCAGUCAGUGUAAGUGCCCAAAAUGCCACUCUAUUGGCUAAUCAUUCUGCUGUAAAAAAUAGUCCUAAUAUAUUCUGGUUAAAUUAUCUAAAUGAUACUGCAUCCCGUUUGACUGCAGCUGUCCGAGAUCUUCUCUUUGUGGGUCUCAUGAGCUGGUCCAGUGGUUACAUGGUGAUGGUUCUUUACCAACAUCGCAGACGGCUCCAGCACAUCCACAGCACCAGCCACUCUCCGAAAUCCUCCCCUGAGACCAGAGCCACCCAAACUAUUGUACUACUGGUCAGCUGCUUCGUUAGUUUUUAUUUAAUCAACUCCAGCAUUAAUCUUUUUGUUAACUUAUUCAAGGAGAAAGACUUCUGGUUGAUCAACAUUGCAGCAUUUCUGAGUACCUGUUACCCCUCCCUGUGCCCCUUGGUCCUUCUCAGUAAUGAUCCCCGACUCCCCAAGCCCUGCUGUGUCAUGGAGAAAGUGAGAGAGAAAAUAAAUUAUGGUAUUUGUCAAGUGCUUACUAUGUGCCAGGCAUAG